GUGAUUUGGCGGGCUUUCAAUGUCGUCUCCUUGGAUCACCAAUGUUUUAGACCAAGUAUCCCAGAGGCUGACCAUGUUAGCUGAGAUUUGGGAUGCGAUGGGUCUAGAAGGAGAAAAUUUGCAGCUGCGAAUUCAUUCCUUGUCUUCCCAUUUGUUUGCAAUGUUGGAUGGAAUGUAUAGUGAAGAAAUCUUAGCGAAGCAGACUAUCAUUGACUCAAUCAGAGUAUUAAAGGCUAAGAUAAAAGAGUAUGAAUCGGAACUAGGAGUGACCAACAAUAUUUCAGAAACAUCAUCGCUUGUAAUGACUGAGAAACUGUUUUACGAUUAUUUUAAAUCGCUCACCGAAAAGUCCUCCGCAAUCCUUCAGAGGUAUAAAUCACUUAAGCAGGAAGAAAAGGAUUUAUGCCUGCGACUUGAUGAACCUCCUGUCCCUGAGACAUUCAUACACGUCCCAAAUCCUGAACAAAUAGGAAUCUUAAAAGAAAACAUUGAUCAUCUAACUAUAGAAAAACGUUCCCGUUCUCUCCGCUUGUCUAAAUUGAUCCAAGAAAUUAGAAAUCUGAAAGAUAUCCUGCAACAAGAAACUACCGAUGACGAGGAAAUAAUGACUCUGAUCACUGCUCCUAAUCCAAUGGAAAAUAUAUCUCUAUCACAAACUUUUCUCGACCAUGUUACAAAAUUAAGAAACAGUUUGGCGCAGGAGUUUGUCAAGCUAGAUGACGAAUGUCAGAGAAUCAUAAAAGAAAUCUUACAUAUAGAAGGUCGUCUUAAUAUUGACAUCGACAAUGCUGUGAAUACUCAACAACCAGUAUCUGCUCGCUUCUUAUACUAUUUAAAAGAAGAACUAAAUCGUCUAAAAAAUUUGCAACUAAAAAGUUUGGCGUCUGUUAUUUCUAAGUGUCAAGCCGAAUUGGUAGUAUGGUGGGGAAACUGCUUCGUUGGUGAAGAAGACCGCCAGUUGCAUUUAGUUUCUGAAAAUCAAGAAUUGAACGAAGCAUUACUUAUAUCCCUCGAAUCUGAAGUAGCAAAAUGGAAAUCAUUUUAUCUGGAUAAUGAACCACUUUUCAAGGCGGUUGAAACGUGGCAGUGUACAUUAUCGCGUCUUCGAAUGUCUGAACAAAAAAUGAAAGAUCCUUCAGUUUUAAAAAAUCGAGGCGGAAUCCUAUUGGUUAUCAAUAAAGAAAUUAAUCAAUUAAAGCGUGAUCUCAGUCGUCAUUAUUCUAUCUUAAAAGAGAUCUCUGUGAAUUAUCCUGAGAUGAAGGUUCAUGGAUUAUCAAUUCUUGAUUAUUUGGAUUAUUAUGAACAUCAGUGUGGAAUAGGAAAAGAAAAUCAAAAUCCAGAGAAUCUUUCUACUUCCAUUAGUAAAGUUGGAAAUAGUACAAAAAGAGUUUUUAAUGCAAAUAAGUCAACUCUGCUUACUCCAAAAAGUGUAAAGAAACCAUGUACAGGUUUGUUAAAUUACACCUCAACAACAUUCAAUAGCAAUUCUAAAUUAGCUACCAUGCAAUCGCCUCUCUUGGCUUGUUCCAGUAUGGUUUCUCUACAUGGAAUUGGUUCUACAGAAUCCUUGUCAUUAGUCCACACGCCUAUAACAAAAGCAAAGUCUUCAACACAAACUCCAGUCGCUUCAUGCAUUUCAUCGAGUUCAUCGCAAAAAAAAGUUGUCGCAAGUAUACCCACAAGACGUCGAAGUGCAAGACUUAGUGGGAAGAAAGUCUGUUCGACACCACGCGUUUUACAGAUAAAAAAUAUGCGAAACAAUAAUGAUAGUUCUUUCCUUUCUCCUUUAUCUACGGCACCUAAAUCUGCUGUGAAAUCUUCACGUAAUGUACAUAACACAACGACAUCAUCUGUCAAUAAUAGAAUACAAAGAGCUCCGUUCCGUACUUGAAAUUCAUUUAAUGUAUUUAGUUGUGUAUCAUCAUUUGUACAAAAUCAUAAUUAUUUUUCAUGUUUACUUACUUUUCGUGGUUGUAUAUAUACAUAUGUAUACAUUAAUUCAUAAAGCACCAAUUACAU